AUGGCUUCUAGUAGCAUCCAAAAUAGAUCUUCAUCACGCACAAGAAAUUUCGACGUCUUCGUAAGCUUUAGAGGUGAGGAUACUCGUAAUGGUUUUACUGGUCACCUUUUUGCUUCUCUUCAGAGAAAAGGUGUUGUUGCCUUCAGAGAUGAUCAGAAAAUCAAGAAAGGGGAACUCUUGGAGCCUGAGCUCUUGCAGGCUAUCGAAGGAUCACGUGUUUUCAUUGUUGUCUUUUCAAAGGACUAUGCAUCAUCCACAUGGUGCAUGAAAGAGCUCACAAAGAUUGUUGAUUGGGUUGAAGAAACAGGCCGAAGUGUGCUACCUGUUUUCUAUGAUAUCACUCCUUCAGAGGUUCGAAAACAGAGUGGAAAGUUCGAAAGAGCUUUUGUUGAACACGAAGAAAGGCCACAACAUGAAGAAAUUGAAAAAGUUGUUGAUGAGGUAACCAAUAUAUUGGGUCAUAAUCAAAUUUUGUGUUUUGGGGAUGAUUUAGUUGAUAUGCACUCUCGUGUGAAACAAUUGGAAGAACUUUUAGAUCUGGUGCAAAUGAAGAUGGAUCUUGGACCAGGAAUCAGGUUGGUAAGAAGUAGGUUAUCUAAUUUAAAGGCUCUUAUUAUUCUUGAUAAUGUUGAUAAACUCGAACAACUUGAGAAAUUGGCUUUACUACCUACGAACCUAGAACUUUUGGAGUAUCGAGGAUUUUGUCCUGAUGUUGGUUUAAAAGUUCUGAUUGAGAAAUCACUCAUAAGCUAUAAGGGUCCGACUAUAAUGAUGCACGACUUGUUGAAAGAGCUGGGAAAGAGCAUUGAAGCCAAAAAUCUUGAAGCAGUAGUUAUUGAUUAUUAUUCAAAGCCUGCAGACAGUACAUUGACGGUGGACGGUCUGUCAAAAAUGAACCAACUUAAUUUUCUCAUUCUUCAGGGUGUAAAAUCUUCCGGAAUCCUCAAUCAUCUUUCUAAUGAACUAAGAUAUAUAUUAUGGAUUGGAUCUCCUUUCACGUCUUUGCCAUCAAGCUUUUAUCCAGAUCGACUAGUAGAAUUGAUCAUGCCUCGCAGCAAAAUCAAACAUUUAUGGGAAGGAACAAAGAUUCCAGACUUGAAAGGGAUUCCACAUCUCAAGCACCUUGUGCUUCAGGGAUGUGUAGAAAUGGUGCGGAUUGAUCCAUCCGUUGGUAUUUUGAAAGAGCUUACUCGUUUAAAUUUGAAAGAUUGUAAAAAUCUAGUCCUUGAUCUUGGUAUAAUUUUUGGGAUCGAUUCUCUGGAGGAGCUAGAUCUAUCAGGCUGUCCAAAAUUGUUUGAUGAAAAUGUUGAUAAAAAUACAAACGACAUCAAAUUUUCAACACCCUCUCCAUUGAAAGUUCUAAUGUUUCCGUUCCAAUUUUUUUCCUCUCCAAAAGCUGCUGAAGAUUCAUCUGCUUUGUCGUUGUUUUAUUUGCUUUAUCCUCCACAUUUGGUUUAUCUUGAUCUGAGCUUCUGCAAUAUACUUAAAAUCCCUGAUGCUAUUGGGAACUCACAUGCUCUAGCAAGCUUAAAUUUGGGGGGAAACAAGUUUGUGACGCUGCCUACUACCAUCAACCAACUUUCCAAACUCCAAUUUUUGAACUUGGAGCAUUGCAAACAGUUGAAACAUUUGCCGGAGCUUCCAAUAUUAAAAGAAGAAACAUUUGGAGUAUCAGACCGGGGAAUAUUCAUCUUUGAUUGCCCCAAGUUGAGUGAGAUGGAAAAGUAUUACAGCAUGAUUUUUUCUACGACGAUGCAACACCUUCAGUCUCAGAGUGGAAUUGACAACUAUUUCAUGGUUCCAAUUAUUUUCAAGAGAGACUUAGUGACAGUUGAAUUGGAUCACUUGUUAGUAAUGUUUUUCUCUCGAAAAUUUCUCGUUGAACAUCUGGGCGGAUCUGCACCUGGAUUCCGCCAUCCAUGUUUGCUUUUGGAGGUGAAAGGUUGGGGGUAUCGUUGUCUGUUUGAGGAGGAUCUUCAACCACUGAAAUCAAACAUCAUCUCCAAUGCAACUUCUUCUUCUUCUUCUUCUAGGAAGCGCAAACUAUUAACAAACUGA